CGACAGACGUCUAACCGUCUUCUUGGUCUUCAGCCUCAUGAAAGCAUGUCUAAAUUCGUAACUUUAGCUGUUCUGGUUGACUCGAGUCUUACGCUAGGGUCAGAAUGGCCAACUCUUCAGAAGGAGUAUCUCCAGCCCAUCAAUGCCCGCGUGAGUGAGCUGCAUCCUAAAUCACAGCUUCGCAUAGCCUGGGUAACAUACGGCCCAGGAGAUGGGUACUACAGCCCCAUACUGACGACACGCUUCUUCUCAUUACCGGAGUCCAUUACCAACGAAUGCUUGCCGGAGAACACGAAGGCACUUUGUCUGGGGGAGACAGGGACUGGUGGUUCGACGGGAAUGGCAGCCCUGGAGGGCUAUGCUGCGCUCCUAGAGAUGCUCGAUAUAUUUGACAAGGAGAAGGAGUUCAGACCAUUACGCCCACGGAAUAUGAAUCAGCCAGCAGAAACGGAACCUUCACCACGCGAGAUCCCUUCAUACUUUGUCCACUUCGCUGCCGGAACUCCAGACGGUGUUACACAUCCUCAGUGGAACAACUCGCCUGCCCUCGACUCGCUGUCGUGGGCUACACUUCCUGCGGAGCUUAAGAAGCGUAAUGUUAUAGUGAGCAUGAUCCUCCUGCGACCCAUCCCACAACUUGCAGAAGCUUUUGCUGUGUUCAAUGGCGGACGCCCAAGCACCUGGCCGAAAGCAAAAUCACACCAUCAAGUUCUUGUUUCUGCCGCCCUGGUGUCUGCUACACCAAGCAAAGGACCUAAUAAACGCCCCGCCGACACUUCAGGUUCACCCACCACGCACAAACGCCAACGCUCUCAGGCCACGAACGCAAUCGCAUCUAACCAACCACCCCAGAAUAGCCCCAAGACUUCCAAUCCUCAGCCGGCCUCACAUCCCGCCCCUGCCCCUGCCCAACGCCCGCCAUCAGCAGUUGUACCAGCACCUAUACCAGGACCGUCAUCAGCCUCCAUACCUCCCCCAAUCCCUCAGACGUCUAGUCCUCCGAUCCCGCCCCAUCCUAACUCUAUGUCUCUACCACCGAAUCUUCCUGCACCUAUGGUGCCGUCAAACGCAGCGGGAGCACCAGCCGGGGCACCUAUGGGUGCGCCGACGAGAGGACCUUCACCUGCUAAGCCGGCGAAGGGUAACAGACAUCCUACACCCGUUCUUUCGAAUCUCCCUGUUCCCAAUCUUCAGCCUCCACCACACGCUCAGCCACAGGCACAGCAACCGCAAGCACCACACCCACCGCAACCUCAACCUCGUCCUCAACCACCUCCUACCCAGCCCGUCGUAUCCCAGGCGCAACCGCAACCGCAACCGUCAUCGUCCCAGCCCACUCAGCCUACGUCUUCUAUCCGGCUUCCUCAAUCUUACGAGUACACGGUCAAGGAAGCCGCCAUCGCAAAGGGUAUAGCCAACCUCCCUCAUCCGCAACUCGUCGAGCGUGUUCGAGCCAUGGAGGCCCAGUUCGAGCCGCUCAGAGAGGCACUCAGGAAGGCGAAUGAUAUGGGCAACGUGCAAGUUGCACAGAAGCUCAGAGACGAGAUCAAGAAGAAGCAGGAUAUGUUCCAGACGGUUAAGACGAUCAUACUGAAGUCGGUGGCGCAAAAACAGCGAGCACAACAAUCACAACGACAGCGAGAGCAGCAACAGCAGCAGCAGGGACAGGAGCAAGGACAGGGCGGACAGCAGCAGGCGGGUCUCAGUCAGAAUCAGGCCGGCCCUUCGAACACGAAUCAGCAGCCUCCAAAGCCUACUCACCCUUCAUUCCUGCCCCAGUCUCAGCCUCAGCAGUCUCACGGUCCUCCACACAUCCAGCAGUCGAACAGCAACAACGGCAUCGGUGGCUCAGGUGCCGUUGGUCUCACUCCAGGUGUAGGGGGUCUUGCCGGUCCGAAUAUGGGAGGCCUUGGAUCACUCGGCCCGGCUUUCAGCAUGUCGCCGAAUCUUGCCGCCGCAGGUCUUGCACCAGGACCCAACGUCCACGCAGGCCCAUCCUCCAAUCGCGGACACGAUCAGCAACACCCACAACAACCACAGCAGCAGCAGCAGCAACCACAGCACAACCGAACGCCUUCGAUGUCCGACAUUCAGGCGUUCCAGAAGUCAUUGGCGGCGCAUACUGCUCAAAACCCGUCCGCAGACGGUCGAAUUCACAAUCUUCCACCAGAUCUUAUGGCGCAGAUGCAGAAGCUGAUGGAACAUCGGGGGAUGCAGCCGCCUGGGGGACAAGUACCGAACAACACGUUAGCGGCUCUAUUGUCGCAGAUACAGCAACAUCAGAAUCAGCACGAUGGGAGCGGAGGUGCUGGCGGCGGCGGUAUGGGCGGUUUGGGAGGACUCGGAGCAUCAGGCCAGUUGCCUGUGAACUUGACGACGGUGAACAGGGGAAAUAAGUGGAUGGGCUUCGUCAGUUGGAGUGGGACGGAUACGGCGACGCAGGAGAAGAAAGAGGUCAGGGCGCAAAUUGUGGCAACCGGUGUGCCAGGCAGCGCCGAGAUGCAUUCUGAGACUUGGCCUCCAGUGCUGUCGCUCGCUCCUAUGAGAGACCCGCCAGUGACGCAUCAGGUUCUGGACAUGUGGUUCAAACAGCACAAACCUGCAUUGUGUAACCUUGAGGCCGCACCGAAUCUCGGUACAAACACGAAUACCAAUCGUGCACAUUACCAGAAACUCGUAACGCUCCUCAAGGAACGUAAUCUCUACGCCUUCGCUAGUUGGGAACUUCCCGGUCAAGCUCGCACGAACAAAAUGCUCAUAACCUGUUUCCGAGACAACCAAGGAAAUGAUAGCCUUCUCGCCGCUGUCUUUCCCCUGGGAACCCUCCCAGAACUCCCGAAGUCGAAGAACGGAGCCGUGUCAUCGUCGGUGCUUCACAUGGUCUCGCAGCUCCCGGCGCAAGUGAGAGAAUGGCCGCAAGAACAGAGAACACAGUUUAUCAUGCAGUUGUUGCAUCGGCAGACUCAGCAGAGUCAGAACCCCGUGCAGCAGGGGUGGCAGAAUAUGAUGGGAUUCAUGCCGGGCAUGAACGGAGCGAAUACGGGCGGAAAUGGUAUGGGUGGUAUGAAUGGUAAUGGGGCGGGCGGGAUGACUGAUAUGAACGGCGCGAGUGGUAGCGGUGGUAAUGGCAUGGGAGGCGUGGGUGGGAUGCAGCAGAACCAACAACACCAGAUGAACGGGGGUAAUCAACAGAUGGGAGGCAUUAAUGGCGGGCAGACGAUGAUGGGCGGGAACAACGGUACACCCAAGUUGAACAUCAAAUCUGGGGAGUUGAAUCCGUUCAUGCCAGGCCAGGCGGCACCGAACAUGGCUGCGAUGCUGAACCGGAUGGGAAACAUGUCCGGGCAGCAGCAGCAACAAGGAGGAAACCAAGGUCAAGGCGGGAACGUAGGAGGCGGGAUGGGUGGGAUGCAACAGUUCAUGCAACAGCAGCAGCAGCAGCAGCAACAACAGCAACAACAGAACAUGAUGGGUAUGGGAGGAGGCGGAAUGGCCGGGAUGGGUGGUUUGACAAUGGGUGGCGGUGGGAACGGAAUGCAGGGCGGCGGUGGCGGGCUUGGCGGGAUGGGGGGAUUGGGAGUGGGGAUGAAUACGGGGAAUGUGGGAAACAUGGGGAACAUGGGAGGGUUCAAUGCGGGUGCCGCGCCCGAAUACACGCCUGCGAUGAUCCAGCAAUGGAUGCAGAGGAAUUCGGAGGGAGGUGGAGGCGGAUCGUCAUAGUCGUCAAGCGUAGAGGUCGCAAUGUCAGUGAUCUAACAAGCGUGUUCUACGUGGAUGAGGUCGGAGGCGCUGUGUGUUGCAGGGUCGAUGUAGACUAUCUAUACGUGUAUACCUAUUUGAUUGUCUCUGUAUUUUUCGUGUUUUGAUUGCUUUCGUUGAAUAUACUCG